UUAUGGUGCAUUAUUGCGUUUUUUAAAUCUAGUGUCACUAUAGUACUACUAUAGGGACUUGGAGUGUGUAUUCAAUAGUUGCAGUAACCUUAUGGUACUUUAUAAUAGUAUCCUCUCGGAAUCAAGCGGCAUCACGAGGACAUUCUAAUAAUAAUCGUAUAAUGUUCCUAGUUGUGCGGUGAUGUGUGUAUAGUAAGCUACAUUUCGUCAAAUCUCAGAGGAUCACUCUAGCUGGCUUUUCCGUCAGGUUUUCACCGGCUGUUUAUUGCCUGUAGAGCGGAGUGCAAGCAGGGUGAAGAUGGAGAAUAUUGCACCAUGCGUCACUCCAGACCCGACGGGAUACGAGACACAAUUUCUCCUUCUCAACCUAUAAACAACUCGUCUCAUCUCGACUUUAGCACCUCGGAAGAGUGACUUCUUUUUCAUCAAAGCUGCGCGGAUCACCCUGAACAGUUGAUGUAAACUUUCCCUCUCCAGCCCUCUCCUGUUCUCUCUGUGGCGAUAUCUCCAUAUUUCCAUGAGAAGAGACGCAUCCGGUUGUUUAUACUUUCUUGGGGAUUUUGCUCGUUGUGCACCGGGAUCAUGUGGACCCCGACAGAAGAUGAGAAAAUAGGAGUGGUGAUCUGUAACUUCCGUGGCUCUGUGACACAGGGCCUGGCUCUGGAGGUGGGAGAGACGGUUCAGAUCCUGGAGAAAUGUGAAGGAUGGUACAGAGGAUUCUCUACAAGGAAGCCAAAUGUCAAGGGAAUCUUCCCAGCCACCUAUGUUCAUCUGAAGAAGGCCAUCGUCACUAACCGAGGACAGCAUGAGACUGUGGUGCCUCUUGAAGACCCCAUUGUUACUGAGGUGACAUCGACGCUACAGGAAUGGGCUUUACUAUGGAAGCAGCUCUAUGUGAAACACAAGGUGGAUCUGUUCUACAAGGUUCGUCACGUGAUGACCGAGCUGAUCGAUCUGAGGAGGCAGCUCCUGUCAGGACACCUGACACAGGACCAGAGCCGAGACGUCAAGAGGCACAUCACCGUCAGGCUUGACUGGGGCAAUGAACACCUUGGUUUGGACUUAGUGCCAAGGAAGGAGUUUGAGAUGGUGGAUGCAGACCAGAUAAGUGUCUCAGACCUCUACAAAAUGCACCUGUCCAGCAGACACAGUGUACAACAGAGCACCACACAGGGUGACAGUUUGCGGCAGCGUCACGGGGAGCCGUGUAGAGUCCCAGUACCGCACCACCUACUCGUCAACUUGAAGAGUUUCACCUACAACACCAUAGGAGAAGACACUGACAUAUUCUUCUCUCUGUACGACCUCAGAGAGGGAAAGACGAUCAGUGAGAAAUUCAUGGUGAGACUGAACAAGAAUGGAGGCCCAAAGAACCCAGAGAAGGUGGACAGGCUGUGCGCUCUCUUCACGGACCUGAGCAACAAGGACAUGAAGAGAGAUCUGUACAUCAUCUCCCAAGUCAUCAGAACCGGUCGCAUGCUCCUAAACGACAGUAAGAAGGGUCCUCCGCACGUUCAGUACCGCAGACCGUACGGCUGUGCAGUCCUGGCCAUGAGCGAUGUGCUGCAGACCAUCUCAGAGCUCAAGGAGGAGAAAGACUUUGUCCUUAAAGUCUACACAUGUAACAAUGAGAAUGAAUGGUACCAGAUCCAUGAGAACAUCAUCCGCAAGUCCAGCACCAAAUACACCGCUCCCAGCACCAACUAUGGUCUGAUCAUCUCCCUGCAGUUGCUGCGGGGCGACAUGGAGCAGGUCCGCCGAGAAAACCCACUUAUCUUCAGCAGAGGGGUGGCUAUCACGCGCAAACUGGGCUUCCCCGACGUCAUCAUGCCAGGUGACAUCAGAAAUGACUUGUAUCUGACCCUGGAGCGAGGGGAUUUUGAGAGAGGUGGGAAGAGCGUUCAGAAGAACAUUGAAGUCACCAUUUAUGUGCUCUACGCUGAUGGAGAGAUCCUCAAGGACUGCAUCAGUCUGGGUUCAGGCGAGCCCAACAUGGCAGAGCACCGUUCCUUUGUGCUUUAUCACAACAACAGCCCUCGAUGGAGCGAGGUGGUCAAAUUGCCUAUUCCUAUAGACCGCUUCAGAGGCUCCCACCUACGUUUCGAGUUCAGACACUGUUCCACCAAGGACAAGGGAGAGAAGAAACUGUUUGGUUUUGCCUUCACUCCUCUAAUGAGGGAGGAUGGAACCACACUUUCUGACGACAGCCAUGAACUCUAUGUCUACAAGUGUGAUGAGAACACGACCUUUAGUAACCACGCCUUGUAUUUGGGCCUGCCCUGCUGUAAGGAGGACUUCAACAGCUGUCCCAGCAUCCCCUCCAGCCUCAUCUUCCAGCGCAGCACCAAGGAGACGCUCUGGAUCUCCACACAGCUCUCCUCCACCAAGCUCACCCAGAACGUGGACCUCCUGGCCCUGCUGAAGUGGAAGGCCCAUCCAGACCGGGUCAUGGAUAUCCUGGGCCGGCUACGACAUGUCAGCGGAGAGGAGAUUGUCAAAUUUCUCCAAGACAUCCUGGACACCCUUUUCUCCAUCCUGGAUGACAAUACUGACAAAUAUGGACCGCUGGUGUUCCAGUCACUGGUGUUCAUUAUAAACCUACUCAGGGAUAGUAAAUACUACCACUUCAGGCCAGUGAUGGACACCUACAUCCAGAAGCACUUUGCUGGGGCGCUGGCCUACAAAGAGCUAAUCCGCUGCCUGAAGUGGUACAUGGACCGCUCUGCUGAGGUUGUCAGACAGGAUCACAUUCAAGAGGCCAUGAGGGCCCUGGAGUAUCUGUUUAAGUUCAUCGUCCAGUCUCGUAUCCUUUACUCUCGGGCGACCUGCGGUAUGGAGGAGGAUCAGUUUCGCACCAGCAUCCAAGAACUCUUCCAGUCCAUCCGCUUUGUCCUGAGCCUGGACAGCCGCAACUCAGAGACCCUCAUCUUCACACAGGCCGCUCUGUUGAAUUCCUUCCCGGCCAUCUUUGAUGAACUGCUGCAGAUGUUCACGGUUCAGGAAGUGGCAGAGUUUGUGCGCGGCACCCUGGGCAGCAUGCCAUCCACCGUGCACAUAGGACAAUCCAUGGACGUUGUCAAACUGCAGUCCAUAGCUCGAACUGUGGACAGCAGGCUCUUCUCUUUUCCAGAGUCUCGCAGGAUCCUGCUUCCAGUGGUCCUCCACCACAUCCACCUCCAUCUGAGACAGCAGAAAGAGCUGCUCAUCUGCUCUGGAAUCCUCAGCUCAAUAUUUUCCAUUAUCAAGAGCAGCUCGCUGGAAUCAUCGGUGCAGGAGGAAGUGGAAAUGAUGGUCGAGUCCCUACUGGACGUUCUCCUGCAGACCCUGCUGUCAAUCAUGAGCAAGAGCCAAUCGCAGGAGGCGGUAAGGGGUCAACGCUGUCCGCAGUGCACCGCGGAGAUCACUGGAGAGUAUGUGUCCUGCCUCCUGUCCCUCCUCCGCCAGAUGACAGACGUCCACUUCCAGCACCUCCUGGAAAACUUCCAGAGCAAGGAGGAACUCAAGGAGUUCUUGUUGAAGAUUUUAUGCGUGUUCAGGAACCUCAUGAAGCUCAGCAUCUUCCCCCGCGACUGGAAUGUCAUGAGGCUCCUCACCAGCAACAUUAUCGUGACCACAGCUCAGUAUCUGUCUCCUGCUCUGCAUAAGAACUUCACAGAUGCCGACUUUGACUUCAAGGUGUGGAACUCCUACUUCAGUCUUGCGGUGUUGUACAUCAACCAGCCCAGCUUACAGUUGGAAACGCUCAGCCCUGCCAAGAGAAAGAAGGUCUUAGACAAGUAUGGCGACAUGAGGGUGAUGAUGACCUAUGAACUGUUCAGCAUGUGGCAGAACCUGGGUGAGAAUAAGAUCCAUUUCAUCCCUGGGAUGAUUGGUCCCUUCCUGGGAGUGACACUGGUCCCUCAGGUGGAAGUACGCAACAUCAUGAUUCCCAUCUUCCAUGAUAUGAUGGACUGGGAGCAACGCAAGAACGGGAACUUCAAGCAGGUGGAGGCCGAGCUCAUAGACAAGUUGGACAGCUUGGUUUCAGAGGGAAAAGGAGAUGAGAACUACAGGGAGCUCUUCAGUCUGCUAACCCAGUUGUUUGGGCCGUACCCCAGUCUGCUGGAGAAGAUUGAGCAGGAGACAUGGAGAGAAACAGGGAUCUCGUUCGUUACAUCUGUCACACGGCUGAUGGAGCGACUGCUGGACUACAGGGAUUGUAUGAAGGGAGAUGAGACAGAGAAUAAGAAGAUUGGUUGCACAGUUAACCUCCUGAACUUCUACAAGUCAGAGAUAAACAAGGAGGAGAUGUACAUCCGUUACAUCCACAAACUGUGCGAUAUGCACCUGCAGGCCGAGAACUAUACUGAGGCUGCGUUCACCCUGCUGUUGUACUGGGAGCUGCUGCACUGGGAGGAGCGGCCUCUCAGAGAGUUCCUCCACUACCCCGCGCAGACUGAGUGGCACCGUAAGGAGGGCCUUUGUCGCAAGGUCAUCCACUAUUUCAACAAGGGCAAAUGUUGGGAGUAUGGCAUUCCUCUAUGCAGGGAGCUGGCCUUCCAGUAUGAAUCCCUGUAUGACUACCAGAGUCUCAGCUGGAUACGGAAAAUGGAGGCAGCAUAUUACGACAACAUCAUGGAGCAGCAGAGACUGGAGCCAGAGUUCUUCAGGGUGGGAUUCUACGGCAGGAAGUUUCCUUUCUUCCUCAGAAAUAAAGAGUUUGUCUGUCGUGGCCACGACUACGAAAGACUAGAGGCCUUCCAGCAAAGAAUGCUUGGAGAAUUCCCACAAGCCAUUGCAAUGCAGCACCCAAACCAGCCGGAUGAGGCCAUUCUACAGUGUGAUGCACAGUACCUCCAGAUCUAUGCGGUAACACCGGUACCAGACAGUGUCAGCGUCCUCCAGAUGGACAGAGUACCGGACCGGAUCAAGAGCUUCUACCGGGUGAACAAUGUCAGGCGUUUCCGUUAUGACAGGCCCUUCCACAAGGGACCCAAAGACCGGGACAAUGAGUUCAAGAGUCUUUGGAUCGAGAGGACCACCCUGAUCCUCAGCCACCCUCUGCCUGGUAUUUCACGAUGGUUUGAGGUGGAGAAGAGGGAGCUGGUGGAGGUGAGUCCAUUAGAAAAUGCCAUCUAUGUGGUAGAGAAUAAGAAUCAGGAACUGCGGACUCUGAUCAGCCAGUACCAACACAAGCAGCUGCAUGGAAACAUCAACCUGCUCAGCAUGACCCUCAAUGGGGUUAUCGACGCUGCUGUCAAUGGUGGAAUUGCCAGAUACCAAGAGGCUUUCUUUGACAAGGAGUACAUCACCAGCCACCCAGAGGACACAGAGAAGAUCACACAGCUCAAAGACCUGAUGCAGGAGCAGGUCCACAUCCUUGGCGUCGGCUUAGCUGUGCACGAGAAGCUGGUGCACCCAGAAAUGCGUCCCCUGCACAAGAAGCUGAUUGAUCAGUUCCAGAUGAUGAGGAGCAGCCUCUGCCAUGGUCUGCCCGGGUUGGACAAGUUGGGCCCUGGAGCCAACACUGCCAGAGGGAUCCUGGCCUCUCACAGCCCCAUGAGCCCUGAGAGCUUCAAACUCAUGCACCGACACAGUCCCAUAGCAGUUUUGACUCCUGUGCGCAACUCCUCCUCCUCUCUCUCCUCUCACAACUCCAGCGAGGCUGGUAACAUUGGGAAUCUGCUCAUCCUCGCUGAUGGCAUGGUGGUGGAGCACCCCGAGGACUUCUAUCGCAUGCAGGCAAGCCCCUCCUCCUCCAGUCUUAGCUCCACCCACUCGGCACCUUCUCAGAUGAUAAACUCCGCCCCCUCAACCAUCAGAGUUGGCUCUCCGUCUCUGCCCGACAAAUACAGACACAACAGAGAGAUGCUGAUGCUGCUGCCACCACACAGGGAAAGACCCAGCAGUGCAAUGUACCCCAAUAUCACUGAGAAUGGACAGCCACCUAACUUCCAGCGAGCAUUGUUCCAUCAAGUGAUUGGUCCAUGCAAGCCUUGCAGUGAUCCCAACCUCUCUGUAGCUGAGAAAGUACUCACCACUCCCAGCAGCUGGAGUUUGGAUAGUGGUACCAGGGAAGCUCUCCCCUUCCUCUCUGCCCACGUUGGCAGUGUCAUGGCGCCUCCUGUGCCGCCACGCAGCCUGCCUCAUGGGCAACACCUGUCGAUGCACUUUGACGCUUUCCACCACCAGGUCAGCGACCUCCCUCCAGCUCUCCCCGCGCGCUCCUUAAGAAAGUCUCCCCUACACCCUAUACCUGCCUCGCCCACCAGUCCACAGUCCAUCCUGGAUGGCAGUAACUCCACCCUGUCCGGCAGUGCCAGCUCAGGAGUCUCCUCCCUCAGCGAGAGCAACUUCGGUGGCCCUGCCUCCUCCUCAGACCCCCCGGCCAGUCGCACAGACACCCUGGAGUCCGUUCCCAGCAGCCAGGCCUGGACUACCGACCAAGAAGACCUGGACUCGCCCUACUUACCCGUCAGGUACAGUGUCUCUGAGCCCGAGGUCCUGGACAGCACCAAGCCCCCGCCCUGCCGCAGCCACUCCGCACCGGGAGGAGUCACCCCGGCCCAGGCAGGGGGCCAAAUCCAGCCCCUGGCUCCAGGUAUGGGCUCUACUGGAGCUCCAGCACCACAGCCUCCACAGGAGGGCAUGGUACAUCACCAGUACCACCACUUUUACCCACAGUACAGCCACCACCACCCCCCUCUGUAUCACCACGAGCCCCCUCCGGCCCUGCCCCCCAAGCCCUACCUCAGAGAGGGGUGCAUCCCCGAAGAGGACCCCCUUAACACCCAGCCCACAGCCCCUCCACCUCCUGCGCCCCGGCCCAUGCCACGCAAGAUCUCCCAGCCUAUAAUCGCAGCAACCAAGGAGGAGCAAGCGAAAGUGGCGUGGGAGCAUGGUAUCAGCGAGGAGUGAGACGGGAUUUUGGACGCCUCUAUAUGGAAUGGCUCGGUGUAUAGACUCUUUGCAAAAGAGAGACAGAUUGAAAAAGAAGGGAAGGCGAGAGCUGAACUGAAAUCCUCUGAUGAAGUGAUGUUGAGGUAAACGUGAUGUUGACAACAAAAGAUUUUGAAAUUUCCCCUAUUUCUCCUGGCCAAGUAGUCAAACUUGAGCUGAGGUGAAUCAUGGCGCGACACUUAUUUUAAGAUGAUAAAAGCAUGAUAUUUCUGUCCCAUGGCCCUAGGAUAAGAUGAAAAAUCAGGAGGCUAUGUCUGAGCUGGAGAGAUAAGUUUAUCCACACCUUGACUUAUACCAUCCUGAGCACAGAUUAACAUUACCUUGUCCAAUGUAAAGCUAUCAAGCUAGCUUUUUUGUCUCUACACCAUUUUAAAAAUGAUUUCCUUUAACCAUAGUCUUUAUGUCCUCGUGUUAUUGUCAGUUUGCAUACAUUGAGUUUUUCAGCUUCUACAUUAAAUCCAUCAACAUCCACUAAUGCUGCCAUCAAAAGAUAAUUGUGAGAUUCCACAGAUAUAAUCACAAUAUGUUUGCUAUAGUUGAUUUAAAUUUCAUUCACUGAACGAUUCAAAUCCACACUUAACCACUCCAUCUUUCAGAAUCAGUUGAUUGGACAUUGUAGGAAUUGUACGAUUUUUAUCAUGACAUAGCAAACUCAUUAUUUUGAUACCUCUCUCUGAAGACAAGCAGCACUUUUACACAGCAACAGAGCACCAAAACUUUAAAGAAUGAAAAUAUUAACAUAUUUUUAUAAAUUAGAUGGAUAAAGCAAUGAUGAUAAUGAUGAAUACGGGUUGUACUGAGGUGUAGAUUUUUUUUUUUUUUUUUUUUUUAAGAAUGCCUGUAAGGAUAAAUUGAGGAUUAUCUAAAUGGAAAAAAGAGAAAAAGAAAGAAAUUGUGGAUGACCCUAUACCAGUCACACAUGCACAAGACUUAGCUCUUCCACCUGAGCCCUUCUUUUGGAGUAAUAACUUGUUGAAUACCAGAUUAAGGCUAUAAAUGCUUAUGCAUAAAGCCUCACCCCGCUGGUGUUACUAUUCAGUUCAAAAGUCCACUGCAAGAAGUGGUUCAUUUAUGCAAACAAAGCAACAGUCUUCGGACCGGCUCAAACAAGCCAUCUUUAAUGAUGUCACUUUUUCUGACAUUUUAACACUACAAGGCAGGUUUGAUUUUUUUUCUUUCCCCCUGUCUGUGAGCUACUCACAAAGGCAACACUAUAUAUUUUCCAAAUGUAACAAAGAAUGUAGAUAAACGUAAUAUUGUACACAGAAAUAUAUAUCCUAUGAUUUAUAUAAAUCCUUAUACUAUGGAUUGAAGAGGACACUUACAUAGAAAUAUGCAAGACAAUAUGGCCUCUUGAGCCAUUAGUAGCUGCUUGAUGAUACAUGAUGUGCACUUGUUUAAAAGGGUAAGAUUACGAGGGUGCAGUAGCAGCCUUGGGCCUCACACACACAGGGGACAGGUUUUGACACAGGAGCUCCUAAAAGUGUCUCACGCACAACUAGUUAUUUUCCUCCAGGAGCUGGAGUUGGCAACAUCUUGUGAAUGACUUUUAAACUGUGGCUGUAUUCAAGGUUAGAAAGAUAAACGUGCCAGUGUGUGUAAGGCAUUAUUUGACAUUUAUUAAAAAAAAAAAAAAAAAAAAACAAUUUACUAUAAUUGUAAGACAUUUCAAGAAAGUAAUUAAUGCUAAUAAUUGUACUUUUUUUUAAUCAGGGUACUUUUUUGUAUGCAUGUUCAUUUAGUGAAAGUCACAGCCUUUCUAGGGAUUGUGUACAGUUCACAAGGGUAGACUACUGGAACCACUGGAGGAGGGAUGUGCACUGUCGAGUUUUGAGAAUCAGAGUCACUCUACUUGCAAAGGACACUAACAUUGACAUUGGCAUCAAAAUACUGCAAAGGUUAGCGCUUUCCAUUUAAGAUGGACAAGACAUUUAUGACCGGGCAGCAGUGUUUACUUUUAAACAUUAGCACAGACAGUAUAUUUUAGUACUCAAUCAGUUGAAGCUCAAAUGGAUCACCUCAUUUCAAUAUCACUAAAUAGCCAGUGAACUAACUCAGCUCUGUGUAUUUUGCCUGAUGCUUAAUCAUAACAUCAUCUCAGUGAAGUUUAUUUUCAUAGCCCUUAACCACAGUUACAUUCUCACAGGGCUUCACAGCACCUGCAUUAUGAAAACAAGAGAGCGCUGCGCCCCUCCUUAGGAAGGCUGUGUUCACACUGCAGGCCUUCACACUCAAUUCUGAUUUGCUGCAUAUGUGUGAUAUCACUGCUCUAAGGUUUAACUUACAUAUACCUGAUACCAGCGUGAAAAAGUGUCAUGUGUCAAAAAGACACAUGAGCAGAGUGCACAGCAGAGCUACACUUCUGCUUGUUUCAACACAUCUCAGUUGCGGUUCAUCUCAUUUCCACCAAGCUAAUGGUGACAUAAAAUUUACUUAUUGCCAAGGCAGUGCUGAUAAAGAAAUGACUUUUUUCCCCCUUUUUCACUCACUGGAAAGCAUCAGAUCUGUGCCACAUAAGGGGGGAAAAAAAUCACAAUUAGCACACUUAAAGUUGCAGUGUGAACAUAGCCUAAAUGACUGGAAGUUAAUCUGGGUUUCCUGUGCAGGGUCAAAAUAUCCACAAACAGAAACUGCUCUUGGCUAAAAAAUAAAAAAUAAAAAAAUAAAAAAAUAAUAAUAACAUUUAGCUUUUCAAGCCAGUGCUGUGCUGUGGCAGUCCUGUGAAUUCUUUUGAUUUUCAAAGCCACUGAAAGACAGAAUUUGGCCUUUGGGAUUUUAAUUAGUUGCAAUACUUACUUGCUAGACAGCUCAAGAAUAGUGAGCAUCUCAUCACACUUGUUGUUAUGGAGGGCAUUAAUUCAUAAUUUGGAGCCAACAUGUUUUAAAUCUUGAAAAAAUGAAGUCCAUUGUGCAUCCAACCGGUUAUUUUGAGGUGGUAAAGGGUGAGUUGAAGCUCAUAAGGGCGAUCUGUGGGUCAUUGUACUGUAUUUAUUUAUGAGACAUUCUUAACCACAUGUAAAUACAGUAUGUGUUUCUCUUAUACAGUAUUAACCAUGUAUCAUAACCAUAGUAUAAAGUUUUAAAUUUUUGAGUACACAAAGAGGAUUUUUCUCUGAGAUUAACUGGAGAUUGAAUCUAUAGCAUAAUGAAUGAUCAUGUUUUACCUGUGCUUGCAAGGGCAUUACUUCACUAAAGCACUGAGGAGAAAUGGGUUCAUUGUCUCUGUAUCAAUAGAUACUGUGAAUUUGUCUUUUUUUUUUUUUUUUUUUUUUUUUAACUUUGAGAAUGGCACUGAGUCUUUUAUUCUAAAUGGUGCUUUGUCAGCCGUGCUAUCAUCCUGUGAAGCAUUUAUCCUGUUACGUUGCCUUUUUCUCACCAAAAGGAAUUCACAUCAGAUGAAAGUCAAAAAAUACUUUUCAUGGUUAGUUUUAGCCAGCUUAUAGUCAGUGCCGGACAGCCUGACACACCUAUCAAUGAGUGACAGAGUUUUUAGAGUGACAGAUAAGUUUUUCAAAAGCAAUGAAGUGUGCUCUGUGGUUGACAGCUUGGCACUGACACUGAAUUGUAAACCCCACUCAUCUGGACCUCGCUGAAAACAAAUACUCUGAAUCACUGGCAGGUUUGAUUCACACUGUUGUAUACUGAUGCUGCUUGCCAACUUUAAUGUACUUAGGCAGAAUCAGAGCAAUAUGUUGGCCUGACUCCAUUGAUGUAAUGUGUGUUCAUGUUAUUUCUUGAGCUCUUGUUUUUUUUAUACCUGUGAAUCCAUCCAUUACCUCUCUCUCAUUCACACAAAGCAGCUAUGGUAAGAAGUGCUGGCAUCUGCCCUUUCAUGAUGUAUAUUUUAAUAAGCAUUUAGAAUUGACAUACCAUUUUAACCAAUGCAUUUUUUUAAAAUCACUUAAACAGUGCAACCUACAGUACUCCUAUGUCCUAAUUUUUCUGUAUGUAAAGUGCUGACUGUACAGCUGUCAUCUGUCAUAUUGACCUUGUUCACUAAGCGGCCAUUUCGGAAAUUUCACGUUAUCUGAGGAAUAAAUCCAACCAGCUCUGCAUAUUAUACAAACAUUUUUCAUUCUAGGUAGUGACACUGAAAAAUAUUUGAAACUCAAGGAUCUGAAAGAUCCAGAGAGACAGUGCUUGUUAUUUUAAAAUAUUUGGCAUUUGUGCUAGUUACCAGAGUCUAGCCAUGUUAGCUAGCUAAUAGUUUACUAACCAGUUAGCUAGCUCGCUAACACUGCCAAAUUUGGUGCCGUUGCAGUUCCUGAGGUCGUGAAUUAAUUAUACCUGUUCAAUGGAUGGAGUUCUCCCUUAAUGUGUUGAGGAACUGCUAGUUUUAUAAGCUAAAUAUGGCAGUUUUCCACAAUGAUUUUCUCACACUGAGUGUUUAAAUUGGCCACAAUGUGCACUCUGUAAAUGAAACAGACUCCCCAGGUUUAAGUUAUGAUUACUUGUUAAUCUUGUUGAGUCAGAUUAGAGAAGGAUUAGAAAAGUUUUUACACCAGGAAGAAAUGGACUGUCCAAUUGUUGAUGCAACUCACUAUUAGGAGGACAUACUGUCUAACACCAGCUAUAUUGGCUGGUAAUUUGCUCAUGAUCUCCAGUCAUGUGGGGAAACAAUUUAAAAAACACUGAGGAAUUUGAGCUAGUUUCCUUGUUGUGCAUAUUGUGUUUUCAUACACCAUGCUGCAGCUGAGCAGCUGAUGCAUGCAGGCCAUACAAAAAGCUGAUUUAGUAAUGUGCUGAUUCUAUACUCAAUCUCCAUGCAAACAGAAGUCAGACAAAAGAUAGAAGCCAUGAAGAAAUAUCUGCAGUUCAUCAGCCAAAUCAACACAUCGGCACUGACAGACAGAUGGUGGACACAGAAAUGAUUUUUCCUUUAAGUAAAUUCACUCCAGAGUAAGGUCACUCUGAACACGACCAUGUCAAAUACUUUGAGAAUCACAGCACAUUUUGUCAUGGGUAACCUAUGCAAUGCACCCACAACUUUGAUCCAAGAUUUUUUUUAUUUAUUUUUCAGUUUAAAUUAUGAAUGCUAUUUCUUUUAGGUUGUUUUUUUUUUGUUUGUUUUUUGUUUUUUUGCACGACUUCAUUUUUUUAAAUUUAGAUUUCUUGCACUCAAAUUACUUCAAAGAAACCAUUAUCCCUUGUUAUUGUAUCAUUUUGGAAAUCCUAAACUUAACCCACCUGAGAGCAGAGGGACUUGACCAUAUUUUAUAAAAGUGAUUUAAGUAUGUAACAUCCAAGCAUCACACAAAAUUUGAAAUGUAUGUGUUGUAAGGCCCAGCAGAAAGAUUAUCAAGUUAAGCAUGGGGCUCAUUUUAUGUUAUAAUUAAAGCAAAGAUCCACUUUGGUUCCUAUCACUACUGCACUCUCACUGUUUGAAGCAACUUUAUAAUCAAUGACGCUGUACUAUAUGAAAGUUUCUGGAAUGAUAACACUUCUCUGUAAUGAUGCACAGGUUAGACUAGCAACAAGCAUGGAGUGACACUAAACCACUGAACACAGUUUUUAUUUCAGUUGUGUGUUUUGUGUAAAUAUUACACUGGAUAGAAAUGGGAGGAAUGUGGAGGGAAUGGCGAUAUUUAGUGCACUGAGGGGACGGGUUGACUUCUGUGUACAUAACCAGGAGAGAGUGUAUUUAUACCAUUCAUAAAGGGCAAACCUUGUAUAGUUUGUGAUUAAUUGUCUUGCCUUGUACUUUCUGAUGUAAAACUGUUUUUAAACCUAGACGACGACAACAAACAAACAAACAAAAAAUACAAGUUCCUUUUGUUUAAUUAUUGUUAUUAUUUUGGGGCAGCUGGGUGGAUGGGACAGGUGGGCAGGUGGGGUAUUAAUUUGUGUAUUUUGCAUCAAUGACAAAUCCAGAUAGUGUGUUGCUAUGAUGGUAUUCCUUUGUACAAUGAUGCUAAGAAAUAUUUCUUGUAUAUAAAAGUCUUUAUUGUGUUAGCAUGGAUAUGAAACUGUGAUGUGUACAACAGUAGAUGUAAAUACUCACGUUUUUCCUACUCACUAAACUGCUGUGUUGUGGAUUCAUGAUUAAUAACAUACAUUAAACAAUGUUUUAUUGACUCA